AUGCCUCCUCCACAGCUGCCAAAGGUCGGCAAGAACCUGUACAAUCAGGGUCUUGGUAAAGGUGCCAAUAGUGGUGGAAGAGUUUCACAACCAGACAGUAUUGUUUGCUAUGUCUGUCGUCGAGACAAACCGCACACCCAGUACUCUGGACGUCAAUUAGCGAAGCAUAAGGGUACCAUUUAUCAGCCAUUUGCUUCUGGCGGUGGCGGUAAAGGCAAACCGUCGCAUCGAACUACCUGCAAAACAUGCACCGCCGACCAGACUACUGAGCUCACCUGCAUUGUCUGUGGCGAAACCAAUGGACUUGAUCACUUUGCAAGAACCCAAAGGAAGAAUCCGGAUACCGCUCGCUGUAAAGGUUGUAUCAAUAAGCAGGCGAACAUUGCCCCGGAUCUCGAAAUGCCAGACAGUGAUGACUAUGCCUCAUCUGAUGAUGAAGAAGAUGAAGUAGACUUCGACACUGGCAACAAGGAGGACCGGAACACCAACACUGUUCUCCGCGCCGGCACCAGCUAUGCCGGUUCUAGCAUCCACACUAAUACUCUUACUUCUGCCAACCUAAACCGCCUCGAACAUGCUACUGGGUCUGCGAUAACACCGCGUCCUGGGGUUCCCCAGGCGGCAGACGGGUGGGUUACGAAGACUCGCCAGCCUCCACAGCAACUUCAGUCCGAAACCAUGACUACAAUGACUUAUGACUCUGCUCCUCGAAACGCCAACGGUCCACAAGCCCCAUCUAGCAUCAGCAAUACCGAGACUUUUGAUUCCCGUGCCCCGCUUCGCUCCAUCCCACCUAAGUCUACGGGAGCAGAGCUGCGCAAGAACGGAUGGGCCAGGGUUACCAAAGUUCCGAAGAAAGGUCAGGGUCAGAAUGGUUUCGGGUCUGACGACGGUCAUGAUGAUGCCGAGGGGUCUGUUACUUCUAGUGCGAGUACAUGGACGGAUCGGAAGAAAACCGUUAGGACAGACUUUGACGAUGACCCUUGGUCUAGGCACUAUAAAUGA